AUGGUGCUAAAUACAUUGUGGACACAAAUUGAAGUUGUCGAAUUAUCCAACGACGGCACCGGACUUGGCUUUGGAAUAAGCGGCAAUAAGUCAACGGGUGUGGUCGUCAAAGCUAUAGUGCCUGGUUCGAUUUCGGACAAAGAUGGUCGUAUUCGUACGGGUGAUCACUUAUUUCAAAUCAAUCAUGUUUAUGUUCGAGGCAUGAGUGCAGAACAAGUUGCAGGAAUACUUCGACAAUGUCCCGAACAAGUUCGCGUAGUUAUAGCACGGAGUGUUCGGGAACCGCAAACAGCAAGUAGUAGUUCACCAUCAAUCUCUCAACGUCCUUCAGUGACAUCAGAAACUCAAACUCAUUCAAGAAAUCCUUCGUCAUCAAUGGGUCUCGAUAAUGACGGAAUUAUCAGCAAUUCUCAACAUAAAAUCAUUUUACGGACUGAACGAUUGUUGGAAAGCAAUCAUAAUUUAGAAAAAAUCCUUGAUAAUCUGCUCGAACAGUGUCAAUCUGAAGAUGGAACAGAAAUUCUGGAUGUUACACUUGAAAAAGGCGAUGAUGGAUUAGGUAUCACCGUGGCCGGAUAUGUCAGUCCCGAUUCGACGAAUAAUGAUGCCAUUGCUGGAAUAUUCAUUCGUGAAAUUGCUGAAGGAAGUGUAUGUUCAAGAGAUGGUCGUCUGGCGAUAGGUGAUCAAAUCAUUGAAGUGAAUGAUCAAUCAUUAAAUGGCUUUUCCAAUGUUCAAGCACUUUAUUUGCUACAAAAUACCAGUGCUUCGGUACGAUUGAAAGUUCGACGUUAUAUCGAUGGUGUCAAAUAUGAAAAAAUCAAAGAAAUGAUAUCGUUAGAAUCUUCUCAAGCGAUCGAAGAAAAAGUCGAUCUUCAAAAUCAACUGAAUCUUAACGAUCAACUUCAUCAGAAAUGGAUGAAAAGUCUAGGAAAUAAUUAUGAAAUUCUUAUUGUUGAUCUUUACAAACCCGAUAAUGGUAAUCUCGGCAUAACACUUGAAGGCACAAUUGAUGUGGAAAAUGGCGAAGAAGUUGGAGCACAUCAUUACAUUCGAACGCUUUUGUCUGAUGGAAUCGUUGAACGACAAGGAACUCUGAAAUCCGGUGAUGAACUCCUCGAAAUUAACAAUCAGAUUUUGUAUGGAAAAAAUCAUAUUCACGUCAUUGAAAUCCUCAAACGUAUUAAGCAUCAGAUCAAACUAGUUUGUGCUCGUCGAAAACUUCAACCCGAAUCUGAUGAAACCAGUCCGAAAUUAUCCUCGAAGCGUUCACGCUCAAUCUCAUUCGGCAAAACAACAGAAAUCGUUGUCAAAGCCAAAAGUUUAGGAACAUUAGACUCCACUAAUGGGUCUUUCCUUCGAAUCACAAAAACACGUUCAUUAGAAGUCAUUUCCAAUUUAGCCUUAUGGUCCACGUCGAUCUUAAACAUUGAGUUAAUCAAAACAGAAAACGGCCUUGGCUUCUCUGUUCUCGAUUAUCAAGAUCCAUCGAAUCCAAGUUUCUCACCGGUGAUUGUUAUCCGAGCAUUAGUCCCAGGCGGGGUGGCACAACUUGAUGGACGAAUUGUUCCUGGUGAUCGUCUAGUCGCUGUCAAUGAUAUCAUACUCGAAAAUAUGAAUCUCGACGAAGUUAUCAAAAUUUUGAAAUCCACUCCGAAAGGUCCCGUGAAACUCAGUAUAUCCAAGCCUUUACCCUAUCCGAAGUUUAAGAAUGAUAAUGACGAUAAAAUGACAACUGAUAGCGAACAAAGCAGUCAACUGAAUCGGCGUGUUUCUCGAAUCAACAAGAGUAAGACAUCCGCCGAAAUUCGGAAUAGCCACAAGCGUUCGGCUUCAAGCCAUCGAUCUGUAAAAGAUAAACUAGCUGUCUCGCCCGGAAUCGCGCUCUCUGCACCAGCGAUUCUCACUCGACAUGACUACACGGAAACGUUAUUAGUGAAAAAUGAUGCAAAUCAUCACGUCGAACAACGUGUUACUCAACAGCAGAAAACUCCACAAAGAACUUUUCUAAUCAAGAACGAAAAUCUUUCUUCAUCAACAUCGAAUUUAUCACCACCAACUAGGAUUAAUCUUCCCGAAUUCAUCCAAUUUCAGUCAGAUCAUCUUCUCUUCACAUCGUCACUCAUAUUUCAUCGAUCGUUGGAUCGACUACGAAGUCCAUUAACAGUUUCACCUGCGAAAUUCGCUCGACAAUCGAUGGUGUCUCCCACAAUACCAACGAAUUCCAAUACCAGUCAUUUGUCGACGAAACGUCUCUCUCGAUCUCGCCAUUCAUACGACGCGACGAGUUCUCGCGAGAAACAACGAAAGUAUUCGAAGCGUUCGUCAACCAACAAAUUCGAAUCGAAGUCAUGCUUUAAUGAAGCUGAUUUAAGUAGUGAUGAUACUAAUUUGAUUCGUUCAUCUUCAUUAUCAAAUCGAUAUUUGCCGAAAACGACAGUACAAUCUGCAGAUGUUAAGAAUGAAACUGUGUGUAUGGUCGAUGAGAAAAAUCAAUUAGACGAGUUAGCCAUUAAUAAUCAUCAAACAUCGAAAUCCAUUUCUUCUUCCAAACAAUCGUCGCGAAUGACAUCGCCUGCUGUCUCAACUAAUACUCAGUCUUCCAAUCAUUGUCUUACAAUAGCUCAACAACAAGUUAUCGAAUUGCCCAUGGACCUUGAACGCGAAACUUUGAUAAAGAACGCUUUUGAUCAAUUGAAUUUAACUGUCGAUGCAUCGGUCGAUAAUGGCAUUAAUGGUUGUUGUAUACAAUCUUUGUCAACGAUGGAUACUGAUUUACAACUAGGCGAUUUUAUCGUAUCGAUUAAUAAUGAAAAUAUGAGACAGAUUAGUAAUGCACAAGCAUGUGAAAUCAUCCAACGUGCGUCAAUAGCUGGGUCAGAUAUUAGCGUUAUUUACAUAUCUGGAAAUCAAGUUAGACAAUACAAAGAACAAGUUCUCGUUUCACCGCCGAUUCCAUCUGAUUACUUAGCUUUCGAUACCGAAUUCACCGACGAAACAAGUACUCCUCCAAGAAUUCUCGAUACCGAAAAUUUAUGUUCAACUCUUUGGGGACCGGCACGAACUGUUAUUCUCUACCGUAAUGAACAUGUGAAAAGCUUAGGAAUAAGUAUUGUCGGAGGCAAAUUGGAUUUUUCCGGUCCGGGAAAUACGAUCGAGUCAUGUAUAUCGGGAAUCUUUAUCAAACACGUGAUUCCUGAUUCGUUAGCUGGACGGCAUAGUACAUUGAAGACAGGUGAUCGUAUUCUUGAAGUAAAUGGUUAUAAUCUUCGUGAUGCCACGCAUGACCAUGCAGUGGAUAUCAUUCGCUCAGCGAAAUCGCCAAUUUAUUUCAUUGUCCAAAGUUUAUUGGAUCCGGCAACUCAACCGGCGCAUGUAGAACAGAAUGAAAAUCUCCAUUUGAUUCGACAGUACAAACAUUUGAAUGGCGAAGUGCUUUUAGUUGAUAUUCAGAGAAAUGCAAUGGAAAUGAACGAACCGCUUGGCCUUUCAUUGAUCGGACAUCGAGAUCCGGAGAAUUUAGCGGUUUUUGUCUGUGAUAUUCAGGCGAAUUCAUUACUUGAUCGGGAUAAUCGAUUACAAAUUGGUGAUCAGUUACUUCAAGUCAACGACGAAGUUCUUCUCGACAAACCUCAUUCAAUCGUGACAUCGGUCAUCAAAUCAAUCAAAUCCGACCAUUUAACCUUCAUUAUCCUUCGAAAUCCUAAUGCAAUUCAUGCCAUGGCUCUCAGACAACCUUAUGCCAUUAGUCCUCAACAUGCAAUUCCUUCAAAAGCUGAUCGAAUGACGCCAACAUCCGUUCUUCCACCUACUAAAGCUCUCGCUGAUGAUAAUGAACCUAUAAAAAGCAAACAUUCGCCUAAUUUAAUCCAAACAACGAAUGACAAUGGAAAUAUUCCUUCUUCCAUCUCCGAUGUGAAGCAAAAUUUAUUUAAUCAACGAAGUGUUGAGUCACCUAGUGUAAUUGACAAUCGACAACAUCAGAUCGUAUCUGAUGUCAUCCUACCCAUUGUGACUAAGCAAAGAAAAGAUUUGAAUAAGAACCUGAACGGCACAUUUGUAUCUCAUAUACCAAUGAUGUCAUCAUCGAGUUCGUCUUCAUCACUUUCAAUCCGAACGCCCACUCCGAGUCCAGUCGUCAAUGAACCAAAACUUGAGCCUGUUGUGAAGAAAGUCGAAACAGAUGAAAUUGAUCUUCGUACACGGCCGAUUGUUAUUGGACAGGAAACAUUAAUUGAAAUCGAUCGAGGACAAUUGGGUCUUGGACUUUCAGUCGUUGGCGGUGCCGAUACGCAAUUGUCAGGGAUAAUCAUUCAUGAUAUUUAUGAAGGUUGUGCUGCUCAACGUGAUGGUCGUUUAGUUGUAGGUGAUCAAAUUCUUGAAGUUAAUUCGAUUGAUCUACGUAUUGCGACACAUGAAGAAGCGAUUCAGGCAUUACGACAAUCGAAAAAUAUUGUUCGUAUGCUCAUCCUACGUGGUGAAGUGGUCAACGAAGAAGAUAAAUUCGAUAUUUUAACGGUUGAUUUCAUGAAGAAAGCCGGCAAAGGACUGGGUUUCAGUAUCAUUGGCAGGAGACAUGGUCAUGGUGUGUUCAUUUCUCAUAUUAUUGAAAAUAGUUCGGCGGAAAAAGACGGUCGCCUGAUGUCCGGAGAUUUGAUUCUUGAAGUCAAUGGAAAAGAUUUACGUACUGCUGCAUACGAACAAGUUGCUUACACAUUAAAAACUCUCCCUCAUGAACGUGUUUUUAUCAAAGUUGGCCGAUUGAAAGCGAAUGCUCGUCAAAACUUCGUUCCCAUCGAAACGAACGCUCGUUCUCGUUCACCAUCAGCGAAUCCACUCAUCACGAGAUAA